CCUCACAUCACUCGAUCUCCUCUCUCAAAGCGGCGGCAAGAAAGAUAAGCAACAAAUCUGCCCUUCCCUCCUCACAUCACUCGAUCUCCUCUCUCUCCUUUCUUCUUCUUCUCUUCUUCUUCUUCUUCUUCUUCUUCUUCUUCUUCACUUCCCCCGUUCGCUCUCUGUGUUUCUGUCACCGCUGCUGCAACUCACAGCAGCGGCGAUCUACUUUCUCUCGUCCGUUUUACCUCAUUAACCCCUCCGUUUUCAUUGUUCCUCUGUUAUUGUUACUUAUACCAGGCGAUUUCGGUCUAGCACAUCAUCGAUCCCCUGUUUCCACCUUCGUGUAUGGCUGGGAUGAGCAGACGAUAGCAACGGCCCAAACUUCUAUUCCUCGUUUGAACGCAUUAGCAUUUGAGUCGAUAUCUCCACCGUCGAACCUCUUGGUCACAAGCCGAUCCGGCAUUUCAAUUCGAAGAAAGCAACCUACAACGAAGGGAUUGGGCAGAAUUUGUAGAUAUCCAACUGAGGAAAGAAAAUGAGGAUUGUGGGACUGACAGGAGGAAUUGCAUCCGGGAAGAGUACAGUCUCCAAUCUGUUCAAGGGCAAAGGCAUUCCUGUGGUUGAUGCUGACCUUGUUGCUCGUGUUACUGGCUCCAUUUAUUUCCUCUGGCAUAUUUUGGGAAAUUGUGAAGUUAUGGAUGAAAGGCUCCGAGGUUAUUGUUCUUGAUGUGCCACUGCUAUUUGAGGCUAAGAUGGACCGAUGGACAAAACCUAUAAUUGUCGUAUGGAUCAAUCCUGAGACGCAGCUUCAGCGACUCAUGAAUAGGGAUGGAAUAUCGGAAGAACAAGCCAUAAACAGAAYCAAUGCUCAGAUGGCACUAGAUUUGAAAAGGACAAAAGCAGAUAUUGUGAUUGAUAACUCAGGGACAAUGGAAGAAAUGAAGGAACAAUUUGAGAAGGUAUUUGUUCAGGUCACUAGGCCUUUAACAUGGAAGGAAUUUGGGAUGUCUAGGAAUGGUGCCCUUUGGGCUAUCGUUUCUAUAGUUGUAGCUGUUCUUGUGUACAGGAACACUUAACAGCAGCAUUGAUGGUCUAUAGCCACAAGUCUUCUCAAAGCGGUGGUGAUYAGGUGGAAAUAGAAGAAACAAAUUGAUUUCGCUCAUUUAUUUGCUUUGAACCUAUCUGGGAUCAUCAUCUAUCAAGUCCUGUUUUUUUUCUUUCUUUCUAGAAAUAUAUGCUUAUCAAUGACUGAUGGAUCAUUUGCA